AUGUUCAAGGUUGGUGAUGAGGGGACCAGUCCAUGGUGCAUGCUCCCGGACAAGGGUAGUUUGACUGUCACGGGGAUCAACAACCAAGAGCUCAUCCGCGAUACCCGAAACACGACAAACUUUGUCAAACAAGGCACAGAGUUUACUGAACUCGUUUCACAAGGCCGCAAAGUCAAGAACAACGGGUCUCGAACGGCUAAAUGGCCUUGGGUUUUAGGUACCGCUUUGCGCGAUAUUUGGGCGCAGGACGAGAUGUGGGCAGGCCAGGUCGACAGAUGUAGAGGUAACUUCGGAUGCCGCGAGAUCGCUGCCAGCUAUCUCAAUGUCCUUAAUGGUGGACGACGCAUCGCAUUGGCUGGGCUUCGUGAUGAGGACGUACCAAGAAGCAAGGUGGUCAUGCGCCACGCCAACGAGACGCCUGUCGUGAUCCUGACCCCAGAGCCCGAAGGCGUCUGGGCUUUUUUGGGUCAGAAAGAAGUCGACGGGUCACCAGACGACCUUUUCGAGAUCUGGAAUCAUAGGACCGGACAGAAGCAAGACUGCAAGUGGCACAACGAGACUAGGGCUUUGUAUAUCGCUGACCUGCGGUAUGGGCUGUAGAGAAACCGUACAAAGCAAAUAUGCUGUACUGUUGUGGCACCGCAUGUUGGGCGAUAGUUCUCCAUCCAUGUAUCGUGUACCGCUUGGAGCAUGCGGUGUAUUGUGAUUCGGCCACAUCGCGCCGGGCGGCCAAAUCGAUUUUAUCGGAUCGUUAUAAGGUUGUGUCGAUGUGUGUAACACAAGUACGUCCCUUCGUCCCUGCCACUGCCUCCCCGUGCUCUUCCGUCGACCCCGUCGAUUUCGACACCGCGUCCGAUGCGUGAGCUACAACUUACAACCUACAACCUAUAAAUACCCCUUCCCCGUACCCUUCGGGAACACCCUCACGGCAUUAUCGUCCAGCCGGUACUGCAAAGGGGAGG